ACGACACCUGUCUUAAUCAUCAAUCAUUCGAAGAAAAUUCUCCCCCGCUGCUUUCCCCGUCAUUGGCCCAUGAACUUCGAGGUCAUCGGUCGUAUCGAAGGGACUUUCCCCAACUUUUACCGGACGGUUUUUGGCACGACACCGGGCUUCGAGGUGAGCCAGUUGGAAUCCUAGUUGCAAUCCUAUAAAUACGGCACACUGGUUGUGGAGCUGGCACAGAACGGCCAAGAAAGUUAAGGGAAGCGACUUCAACUGCCGAACAGACGAUUUCAAGUUGAGAGAAGCCGACACUUCAUAGUUGCAAUAAUUCGACAAGAUGAAUGCCUGUCAUGUCAUCUUUGUUGUCGCCAUUUCGGCCAUCAUGAUCCUCGGUGCAAAUGCAAACCGUAAAUACUGUUAUUGCGAUCUUCGAUGGAGCACAACCCAGCUAAGAGCAGGGCAGAGCACCAAUGGUUUAUGGUUCUUGGAGGACCUACCUAACCCGAGCUACCACCACUGGCUCGUCGUGGGCUGCCAGGCGGUCCAUCGAAACUGCCCCACCGACUGCCUGGAUGAGGCCCAUGACUGGAUGGGCGGGUCUAGGUUCACCAACACGGCGGGCCAGCUGGCCUGCGAGAGCGUGCGGAGGAACGCGCCUCCAGGCAGUCCGAUCUACGUGUACGCAACGUACGACAGCGUGUGCGGCGAUCGCACGUGGCAGUAUGUGGCCCCGCUCUGCUGCUGGAAGAUCACGCUCCCUGGCUACGGCAACACCUUUGUGUACAACCACAGAUGUGAAAAUUCGAGUCCACCAAGAUACUGAGUUGUUUCUAGUUACUACCAUACACAUGAUGGUUGGUGCCAUGAUGCUGACUAGCGAAGCUUCAACUUCAUGUGAACUCAUACACAGACUGCAUGGCGCUGACGCUGUAACAUUGCUAUUGCGAAACAAUAAAUUGUUGCAAAGUUUAUUUUCAGAUUUAAGUCAAAGUACCAAACUACUUCAAUAAACGGUAUUUUGGAAGUUGUAGUACUCAGAACAUAUACUUGUUACACCCCCUAAUUCGCUUGAACUCUGUCCCGUUAAAAUUUAGAAAACAGUAGUCAUAAUUACCGAUUUUUUUAUUGAUUUACUUAACGUGCAGUAAACGUAAUAAAUUAACAUUGUGAGGCUAUUUUCGUUUUUAACACAUCUCCUGCUUGUUCUUUAUCCUGGUUGGCUGAAACGCGGUCACAUGUGAUUCACUUAAUAUGGGCUAGUGUGUGAAACUAGACGCGCGUCGAGACAUCGCGCGAGCGUAAUUUCCAGAGUAUAUAGCCCCUGAUCGAGCACGUUUGACUGGUAACAGCGCCCUCUGACAAAACUCAAAUUCAAAAAUGUAAUCUAGGGAAACUAAAAGCGAAGUUCCUUAAAUUGUUGAAUUGCUGACAGUUGAAUUGCUUAGGAGUUAAUUGUUGAAUUAAAACAGUUCAAGAAUAAAACA